UGCCAUUUUGGGCUAUUUUGGGCAAAUCUUUUGACUCGCCCUUUGGGCGAUUGGGUGGCUUCGAAUUGGGGUGGGGAUAGAAAGGGGGAAGAAAGGAAAAAAUGUGGGUUUUUUUGGAUUUCUUCUAAUAAUUUCACUGGCUUGAUGAGUCAGUGUAGUCAGCUUGGAACCGGUGGGGUACUGGUUUGGUGCCCUGAGCUGGUUUUCUAAAGACUGCUUAUAUGAGAGCCCAUAAAGCUUGUAUGACAGUGUGUAGAAACCCAAAUGAGUAUGACAGUCUUCCUCGCAACUGUGUGCAGAAGAGCACCUUAUAUCUUCAACAUUGGUUUCUCUUAUAGUAGUUUUCCUGCUUUUUCAUUUUUCUUUAUGGGAUUUGAUUGUACGUACUUUUUCUUUGGUUCAGAUAUGCAAUCUAUUUUUGUGACAUUAUACCUUGGUUUCCUCUUUCAUUAUCAUUCCUUUGUGUACUUCUGUGCUUUUUCUGCUGAACUGAGGUUGGGCCUGCUGAUGUUUGUUUGUGCUAAAGACUGAGCAUCCUGACCAUAAUAUUAUAAUCCUUCGAUGGAAUUCCUUCCACCAAUCCUAUUUUUUCUCUACCAUAUUCCAGAAUAGUGGUCGAUGUUAGUUUUAUGUACAAAACCUGUAGUAUAAAAAUAAAGAUAAAAGAAAACAAAAAAAUAAAUCAUGAUUUUAUUAUUUAGUGUUCACUAAAUAUUCCUAUUUAAUUAAAUUUCUCCUUUUGCACUAUGAAUGUUUUGUAAUUUUACACAGAGAAACUUGUCAAAGUUUUUUUUUAGUGGUCGAUCAAUUUAUCAUGUCCUGCUGCCUAAAUAGAUGCCAAAGACUAUCGUUCUUAGAACCACUUCUUCAUUUCCUUGUGUACUCUAAUAUUUGCUAAUAGCUGCAGGAGUUUGAUUGGGAGGCUGCUGUUAAAGAAAUUGAUGAUGCGUGUGAGAGAGUCGCCUUGGCUUCAAAUACAGAAGAUUCUGAUCACCAAAUUUCCAUUGAUAAGAUGGCAAAGCCGAGCUCUGUACCAUGUUCUUAUAGGAAAUAUCAUGAGCCAAAUAAUGGUGUUGGUGGCCUUCAGUCCACUCUUGAUAGAUUUGUUCAGAAUAAUGGAAAUGUGCUUGGAAAUUCUGAAUCCUUUUGCACAAAUGUGGCUUCCAGUCAUGAAGUAGAGGAUACUAUGGAGAAAUUUUUUGUAUCUGGUGCCAUUGACCCAGAGGCAGCUAAAACUUGGAUUUAUCCAGUCAAUGUUCCUCUUCGGGACUACCAACUUUCUAUCGCUAGAACUGCCCUAUUUUCCAACACUCUAGUUGCAUUGCCGACAGGUCUUGGGAAAACACUUAUUGCAGCUGUUGUCAUGUACAACUAUUUCAGAUGGUUUCCUAAGGGGAAAAUCAUAUUCACUGCUCCAACACGCCCUCUGGUCCUUCAACAGAUUGAAGCAUGCCAUAAUAUCAUGGGUAUACCACAAGAGUGGACGAUUGAUAUGACUGGUCAGAUGAGCCCUUCAGCUAGAUCAAGUUUUUGGAAGUCAAAGAGAGUCUUCUAUGUGACUCCUCAAGUGCUUGAGAGGGAUAUACAGUCUGGGAUAUGCUUAGUGAAGGAAUUAGUUUGUUUGGUAAUUGAUGAGGCGCACAGAGCAAUGGGUAACUACUCAUAUUGUGUUGCCAUUCGUGAGCUAAUGGCUGUGCCUGUUCAGUUUCGGAUAUUAGCUUUAACUGCGACACCAGGAUCAAAUCAAAAAACUAUUCAGAACGUCAUUGACAAUUUGCAUAUUUCAAUUCUUGAAUAUCGCAAUGAAAGUGACGCAGACGUGAGCCUUUAUAUACAGAGCAGAAAAGUUGAGUUAGUCAAGGUUGCAAUGGGAAAUGAUGCUGUGCGAAUUCAUGAACUUCUUUUAGAGGCAGUGAAGCCAUUUCUGACUAGGCUUUGUACUCUUGGUGUGCUUUAUCUUAAAGAUCCUGCAAUGUUUAGCCCAUAUGAACUGCUGAACUCUAGGGACAAAUUUCGUCAAGCACCACCCACGAGUCUUGCUCAUGCACAAUUUGGUGAAGUAGAAGGCUAUUUUGGUGUCCUCAUUACGAUAUACCAUAUCCUCAAGUUACUUUCCCGUCAUGGCACAAGGCCUGCAUUUGAGAUGCUUCAGGAAAAGUUGCAGCAAGGGUCCUUUUCGAGAUUCAUGAAUAGGAAUGAAGCGAUAUGGCUGGCAAAACAAUUAAUGCAGCAGUCCGUGUCUCAUGGUUCUUCAAAUCCCAAGAUACUAAAAAUGAAAGAAGUGCUUGUUGAUCAUUUCAAAUCAAACGAUCCAAAGAGCUCAAGAGUGAUAAUCUUUUCAAAUUUCAGGGGAAGUGUCAAGGACAUAAUGGAGUCAAUAUCUGAUAUUGGGGGUUCUAUUAAAGCUACUCAAUUUAUUGGUCAAAGUUCUGGAAGUGGUACAACCGGACAGAGCCAGAAAAUUCAACAAGCUGUUUUACAGAUGUUUCGUGCUGGUGGAUACAAUGUUAUUGUUGCAACCUCUAUAGGAGAGGAGGGCCUGGAUAUCAUGGAAGUUGAUCUUGUUAUCUGCUUUGAUGCGAAUGUCUCACCUUUGAGAAUGAUACAACGCAUGGGAAGGACUGGAAGGAAACAUAAAGGACGAGUUGUUGUUUUAGCGUCUGAGGGGUCAGAGUUGAACGGAUACUUGAAAAAGCAGGAUAGUAACCGAAAAGUAGGGAAGCACAUGCAUAAUGGCGGACUUAAUAGCUUCAAUUUUCAUAUGAGUCCUAGAAUGGUUCCACAUAUCUAUAAACCAGAGGUUCAGUUUAUGGAGAUGUUGAUUGAAAGAUUUGUGCCACGUGGAAACAAAACAAAAGAUGAUCGAUCCUACUCUCCAUCUAUUAGUAAAAUAUCAGACUCUGAGGCUGAUUUUAUAGCAAAAUAUUUUAGGCCUUCCAGGAAAGACAGGUGGAAACCUUCUCUUAUUGCCUUUCCCCACUUUCAAGUGUGUCCAUCUCGGGUUUAUGAAGUACGACACUCGUUCAGAACAACAGAGAUGCUAAUUGACACCAUGCAGCAUCUUCAAGAACUAGCCUCUGUUUGGCCAUCAGAGCUGAAUUGCUUGGGAAAGGUUGGCAUCUGUUUAAGUGAGCAACCAGAAGAUGUACCAGUUCAACCAGAUCAAAUAAAAGAAUCACUCAGUAACCAUGAAGAACCUGAAGCGUUAUCAGAGCAUGAAAUACCAGAUGCUAUAGCACCGCUAGCAUCAUUGAAGGUUGAAGUCAUAGCACCGCUAGCAUCAUUGAAGGUUGAAGGCAUACUUGAUCAUCAGAGCUCCGUGUCUUCAUCAGCUGAUAACCUCACACAUAUUAAAGCACUGCCCAGUGGAAGUGACAACCUACCAGUGAAAGUAUGUAGUAGAAACGAUCUCUUGCACCACUUUCUUUUUGGGACUGGUAUUAUAACUGUGAGUGAGGUUGGUGGGAUUCUGAUUUCAUCUGUUCCCUGUCUCCCUUUGCCCAAAAACGUUUCUGUCUCUGAAAGUUUACCAAUGGAAGGUGGCAUUCUGUUAACUAAGUCCGCAGAGCAAGGUGUUCCUUCUUGUGGGGCAUCUCCUAAAGAAUAUAAUGGAGUAGGGGUGCAUUCAAAAACUAAAGAGGAGGAUUUAGGUUUGCCUAAUGUAAAUGAACAAGUGCAUCACAUCAGGAAGACAUUAUUUUCUCCCAAGUCUCCCAUUUCUGAUGAAAUUGUUCCCCAAACGCCAAUUUCUGAAGGGAAAAUAUUGACAAAUUGUGAAACUGAUGUUGCCAACACACCUGCAUCUAUGGAAGAGGAUAUACUAAUUUCACCAAUUGGUGAAUCUAAUAGUAUGGAUCUCAGUCCGAGGUUAACAAGUUUCAUUGAGAAGGGGGUCGUUCCCGAGUCCCCUUUGCUUGAAGCAGUGCAUCUUUCUUCCGUAGCACAAAACAUGGUCGAUGUAAAGGUGCCUGUGGAGCUUAACAGACAUCAAUUCCAUUCUGAACCACCUCUUGAGUGUUUACAAGAGAUGAAGAUGCCUAUGAGUUCUACUCAUUGUGUUGCAAAACCACCUGAUAGCUCAGCAAUAAAUCAGCUACCUGAUCCAGCUCGAUUAUUGUUAGAUAUGCAUAAAUCAACUACUAAAAAUUCUCGAAAUUUAAGUCCAGGGAAGGAUGCAGAGGCGGAUGUACUUCAUUUCCAAAACCUAAGAAUUUCGACCUCUUCUACGAAUAAGGAAAAUUGUGAGCCUGUGGUUAAUCAGUCCAGCAAUAGCUGUAGCAAAGACUGGCAGCUGAGCAGCGGAGCAGCAUCCAAUUCUGUUCAGAAACCAUGCAAAUUAAAAAGGUUGCGUAAGUGUGCUGAUGUCAAUGAGCGGCGACAUUCUCAGGCUUCCAGGAAGAAGCAUGAUGGCAUCAGGGCGAACCUCUACAAUGCAUUUACUCAAGCAGAUGUCCCUGAAAUGACUCAUAUAGAUCAAUGGAGUUCAAAAGCGCACCCUAAGGACUUCAUUGAUGAGGAAGCAGAGGUGUCUUCUGAUACAGAGGUAUCGGAAGACAAUGAAGAUGAGAAUGAGAAUUACGGGGAAAGCAAUAGUUUCAUUGAUGACAGUGUAGAGCCUUCAGCAGCAUAUUUACUGGGAGAAACUGGUGAAAGAGACAUGAUGGCCAUUUACAGACGCUCAUUGCUCAGUCAAUCGCCUAGGGAGAGACAACUAGACCUACUGGCCAAGUUUCACUGUGCAUACCUGUCCCCAACACCUACCCAAAGAAAAGAGGUUUCUUUCACAGAAACUGAAGCUUGUACCAAAACACCUCAUCAGAGUGAUUCAACAUCUAUAGAUCGAUCUAUAUGUAAAAAUCCAGUCUCGGGUACAAAAGAGAAAGCUGCUGCUGGUGAAACUUUCAUGGAAGAACAGGAUCUGAGUUUGGAGACUAGAAAAAGGAAACUGAAUCUCCAGCAAUUUGGCUAUGAUCUUCCAUGUCCCAAUGGUGAAGAAGAUAAGUCAGAGUCUCAGCCAAAUGAGCUCCAUGAAAGUAAUUGUGACCCCUUUGAUGAUGAUAGUUUUUAUGAGGGUAUUGAUCUCGAUGCAAUGGAGGCACAGGCUACCAAAAUGUUGCAAUCUAAGUUAAGGUCAUCGAUGCAGCAACAGCGUGAAGCAAGUAAAGACCCGCUUUUGAAAAAUGAAGAUUUAGGUAUUUGUUCUCCUUCAUUUGAUCUUGGGUUUGAUAGAUGGAGCUGAUCUCUUAUCAUCCUUGAGUCUCUUCGGGGCGCUCAGUUGUAUUGGCAACAUGGGUUGUUACGUUCAGCAUUCAAGGGAUUGCCAACUUUCAACAAUCUAGGCUCUCAAACCAUGUUGGCUUUGAUCGGAGGCUACUAUGAAUCGUUAUUUUGCAGAAGUGGUACGUAUUUAAGAGAAUUUACUUUCUGUUGCUCAGAAUAUGAUUGGUGGUUUUUGUGUAGGAAAGAAACGAUUGUAAGUUAUUAGUUGAAGAGGAUGCAGAAUACUUUCUAUUGUAUGUAAUGGAUUGAAGGAAUCUUGAAUUUGGUGAACAGAACAUGUCAUGCUGCAAUUUCUGAUGCCAUAUUUGCCUUAGGCAGGUACUGUAGUUUGCCUCCUCGUUGAGGAAACUGUGGCUUUGUAUAUAUGAGACUGGCUUUGUAUAUAUGAGAGGGUGGAGGUGAUACCAUAUUGUAUAUAGCAUUUGCUUCAGAGAUCUAAUUAUGUAUCAGUCCCCCAGGAGCCUAUGUAGUAUUGCUCUGCAAAGUAAUCUAUAUUCCUGAAGUUCU